CCAAAGAUAGAUGAAAACCUUAUUAACGAAUUUAGCAUAUUAGGUUAUAUUGCAUGUGCUUUUUCAACUCUAUAUUCAACAGGCAAUACUGACCUUUGUACAGAGCAUGUAAAAGACAUUAAACCAGCUGAAUAUUUUAAGCAUUUACUUAAAUACAAAGAUGGAAGAAGCCUUGAACAGUUAACUGAAAACAAUACUGUUUCAUGGUCUGAACUUUUUAAUCGAAAUCUUGUUGAGAUAAAAAGUAAACUUAAUGAUUUACUUGGCUCAUCUGUUGAUGAGUUGGAAGAAUCUGUUUUUGAGAAUAAGAAUAAGCAACUAGAAACUGAUGAAGAUGAAGAAAUUUGGCCUGAUUGGAUGAUUUUAGCAAAAAUAGGCCUAAAUAUAAUUGUUGACAGUUCUUCUGAUCUUGGUUUAAGUAAUACUGAUUGA